CAGCUCUGCUACCUCUGUACUGUGACUAUGACCAUACAUAGUCCUGCCGAUGGCUUAAUCCUAUGUAGACAGUCCUAGGCGAGUAGUCUUCAUGUGUAUAGCCCAGCAUGUGCUCCAUUGUGUGCCUUAUUAGUCUUUGACCUGUUACUAUCAGAUGAAAAGUGGAAUGUAGUCGCGCUAGUUAUGCUGCAUUCCCGUUUUCCAGCAGCGGCUCUGGAUAGUGUCAGUGUGUGUGUGCUAUGGCAGGAAUCUGACUUGCAAUAGGAAGCCAAAUAUGGCACUGAGGAAAGAGGGAGGAGCGUGGACAGGUGAGACGGGGCAGGUAUCACAUGGGUUGGGCUAGGACGGCUCAGUUUCAGUCGAGCACAUCCAAGGGUGUAGAUGAAGGAUUGUGUAUAAUACCUGGAUAGACCUGUCCUAACGCUCAGUGUGAGACUCCACUUAUCCACUGUCAGAUCUAUCAGAGGGCUGUGUACUGCUUGGGAGCACCGCUGUGUACCGACGUCUAAUGGAUCCUACCUCACCCUGUACUGGUCCCGCGGUUUCUAAUUACAUCCAAUCUACGAUUAGCCACCAAGAAAGUAGUGGAUUUGUACGCAAACGCUUUGAGAAAUCGGAGUCAGAAGAUUCUGGUGUGGAGCUACCGCCACCCUCUCCUUUUGGAUCUGAGAGUAGCUACAAUCCAGAUGAAUCGGACAGCCUGGAGAGCUCCACCCCUGAGUUCUCCGAGAGUCUAGAUAAUCCCACCCUUGAGGACCAUGAAAACAUUAUUACUGAAAACCAAGGCUCCACGGGGGAGACCGUCAUAUUGGAAGAUUCGUCUCUUAAGGAUAAAGGGAGCUUUAGGAUGCAUCCAGACAAGGAUACAGACACAAUGAGAUUUUUUUUGACUAAGCAACGGGAAAGAAACACAUCAGGUGUGCCACAUAAACUGGAACAGGCUAUCCUGAGGAGCAGGAGACAGCGGAGUACUUACAGGGAGCCUAUACAGAAUAGAACUCCGAGGUAUAACCGGCAGUAUGUAGGAUCACUGAAAGAGCAACGCAGAGGAAAUACGUUAUCCUACCAAACAAAAAGCCCAACACGUCAAAGUCAGGAAAAUAAGGACUCAGAUCCACUAGUCCUCCCAGGAGAUGGUCUCCGCUACCUGGAAAGUCUAUGUAAUAUGUUAGAACAAAUUGCGGAACUGCAGCAGAAGAAUCAAAGGCUUCAGCAAGAGAAAAAAGAAGCCGAAGGAAGGCUGCACAAAAAAGACGUAGAAGAAAGGCUGCACAAAAAAGACGUAGAAGAAAGGCUGCACAAAAAAGACGUAGAAGAAAGGCUGCACAACCAAGUCUUCUUUCUAGAUUCCUGUGUAUGUGGUGCCUCUAGGGACUUGGAGAAUGACUUGACAGAUGGCCCCAAACCCAAUCAGAAGACAUGGGAACCAACGCACUAUAGGAAGAGAUCAAGCUCUCAUGCUGGGGUGCUUCUGAGCAUAGCCAGACCCACAGACAAUGUCCUGAAAAAAGCAGGAAAAAUGGAUCCCCAAUAUGUGAGUGUACCAAACCUGCAAGAAGAACCAGGACUGAGACGACAGCAAAACUACAAACCUGAGGCGACUCAGUGGCACCGAGUAAAAGAAAUGCUAUCUAGGAUUGCGGGGAAAGGUGCAGGACCAGUUCAGGGGCGCAGCCAGAAAGCUGAACCGCGCAACAAUUGCAGGACACAGACACUGCUAGAGGGCAACCCUCAACAUCCGAGAAGACUAUUCCUGCCUGGACUGGUGAUCAGACCCCGCAACCACGGCCGACAAUUUCAUUGAGUUAUUCCUAUAUUCUAUGGACUGAUGCACUGGAAUGCACUCUAGACGAAGGAUUCAUGAUCAGCCGUAUGCUGAGAGGAGUCUGGAAGAAACGCACCAGUAUCUGGGAAGAUUAAUAUUGGCACUGAGUGCCGCUGCCAAGGAAAAUACCUCCACCCCCAUAGUGAUACUCAGAUACAUCUCUCUUGUAUGGUUUAUAUCCAGAGGACAUAGAGACGUUAUCCUCUGUAUUACUAUAUAGAAAGGUGCGGUAUCUGUGUAUAUUUCUGUACAUAAGGAAUUAUAUUUCUUUAAAUUAUAGAUCUAAGUAUUAUUGGAAUUAAAAUAUUAUAGUUAUUUUUAUGAAUAUCUGUUUAUU